GUCACAGUCAGUCUGUUUCUUUUACGCCUGCUAUGUUAGGGUACAGUCAGUGGCAAGUGUGGAAGAAGUCACAGUCAAGAGACUCAAGAAGCUUGAGCUGUGGCUAGCGACCCAACGUACAUUAUUUACCACAGUUUUCACUAGCUAGCUAGCCUAGUUAUCUACUUUAACUAGUUAGGUUAACAAUGUCGUUCAUUAUGAUGAAGAAAAAUAAAUUCAAAUUUAAGGUAGAUUUCGAGUUGGACGAACUCUCUUCUGUUCCCUUUGUCAACGGGGUCUUGUUCUGCAAAGUACGGCUCCAAGACGGUGGCUUUACUGAAGAGUCAUCUCGGUAAGAAACUGCCCUUUCUAUUGAAUUUAGCUAGCUUACGUUAACAGUUACGUUAAGCAACUCACGGAGACAGGUGCGACUCGAUCGACGUUAGUUUACUGGCAGUGAGUGGCAUUGAUCAGUUAGCUAACAUUAGCGAGCUAGCUAGUUCCCGCACACUCAAGAAACCAGUGUGAAUAUGAAUGAUGUGAUUGAAUAAUGUGUGUUGCUAACAAUAUCUAAUUUAAUCAGUUAUAGAAUAUGUAGUAUUCACAAUUGUAUGUUGUUUUUACCUCUAUUUCUUAUUUUAGUAUAGUUACCAUGGUAGUUCAUCUGUCAUCUUGUUUUGACUGAUGGUGAUGCUGCUUGUCUGAUUGAUUGUUCUAACUGACACAUCAAAACACCACCUGUCAUGAAGCCAACUGUCAAAUCAAACAUUCCAUGGCUGGACAUGUGAGGCUUGCUUAAUCGAUGAUAUCUGCCAUUGUAUGUACCUUAAAACGUCUGGAAACUGAAGGUCACUAGAUUUCCACUCUGAAAUGCCAAGGAAAUUUGAUUUAUUUAUUACAUUUUAGUAAUUUAGCAGACACUCUUAUCCAGAGCGACUUACAGUUAGUGCAUACAUUUUCAUACUUUCUCCGCAUUGUUCCCCGGUGGGAACCGAACUAACAACCCUGCCGUUGCAAGCGUCAUGCACUACCAACUGAGCCACACAGGACCUAAAGAGAGGUAAUUUAACAGCUCUAAUGGUUCCUUGUGGUAUUUUAGGAGAUGGCUCAUGUUAACCCACUCAACUGCACGAGCAGGACUGUACUUAAAUGAGUCACUCUGGAAAGUUGUGGACACACAUCUGGAGCACAUGCCAGCUCCUAACGUCGACUCGGUUGGCAUUCCCCGAGUGACUUUGCCAUGGCAACCGCCUGCAUUUCUCCAAUGAUGUAAACAUACCAUAGAAAAAAUAAUAAAUAGAAUGGGCGUCCCCAUUCAAGUCAAUGGUGGCAUAAUGGGUGGACUGGCGGCCAUUGCGAGUGUACCUAUUCAUGGGUGACAAUGUCACGAAAAUGAUGUGCGUGCUUCCAUGGGGCAGAAGUAAGCCUGUUGUGAUUCUGGAUGGCCAGAUUGCUAGCAAGAAUGACAAGAAACUGGCAUGUAGGGAACUGCAAGUGGCUCGUUUUCAGCAUGUUUCAUCUUGUUAUUGAUACCAUGUCUUGUUUUGAGGUGUUUUGAAUGAUUUCAUGUCAAUGCUAAUAUGGCUAAAAUUCGUUAGCUAGCUAACCAACAACUGUAACUAUGUAUUUGAGAGACAACAAGUGGUCAUUGUGCACAUUAUUUAUGUUUUCAAUAAACAUUGGAGACGAAAUAUAGCUUACAUGUCAACAAUCUAAACCAACCUCAUCUGUUUUGCCCCAUGGUUGCAACUGUGUCGUUUUUGUUGCUAAACAACCAACCCAUCUAUAGGAGCAAAGCAGGAAGUAAAAGCAAGAAUUGUACCCAUUAAUCUGUGCUGUGAUUUGUUGAAUCAACUUAAAGUGGAACUGACAGCGUUUUAACUACUUUGUAGAUAUGAAACAAACAGACAAUCAUAAAAAAAUAUCAAAUUCCCAGUUUAAGAUACUAAACCAAUUUUAUAAGAGGUUUUAAAAAUAGGUUAUUUUUGACUCAACAUUCCAUGACGUACACUAAGGUAUUGUUGGCAGAAUAGAUGGAUGCAGUUCAAUGCAUGAUUAAUAUAAUUCACCAAUACAUUUCUUGGUAGUCCCAAAAAUAUUGCUAUAAGGUUGUAAAUCACAGCUGGCCUGGUACAUUGUUUGCUGCCUCCAUUCGGGAUGCACUGUUUCAGUUUCAAUUACUUAAUAUUUUGGACAAAAACGGAUGUAACUAAGGCUGGGAAUGUCAAUACAAUCAAACUAACAAGGACAAUGAUCACAAGUCAGUCAUAACGCAAGCUAAAAACACAGAGCCUAACGUUAGCUAGAUAGGUAGCUAGCUACCUGCUAGGAGGAUGUCAUGUCAUGCUUUUGGAGGAGUGGGUGGGUGACUGACUUUUUCCCCUCAUAUCGUUUUUCGGUGGCUAUACAUAGCUAGAGAUGCAAGUGUCAUUUGGUUAGCUAGCAAGAACUUGAACGACUGUUAUCCAGUUAGCAUAUCUCUUGCGUUCGCAAAUUCACUCUGGCUAUCUACUCUGAUUUCAGAGCACUCUCUUCUGAGUGUGCCAGAGUGCAGAUGAAUUUACGAACAUGCAACACCCGCUGAAUAUGACCAUUGUCAGUAAACUAGGGCUGUCCCCGACUAAAUCGAUUGGUCUACAUUUUUUAAGUGUAUUUUUCCAUAUAUUUUAAUAAAAUCAACUAUAUGUAUUGAGCUUGUCUGACCCUUUAAGCUUACUGUUUGCUUAAAUAACUCCUUCAAGACUGUUGGAAAAGCAUUCCCCAUGAAGCUGGUUGAGAGAAUGCCAAGAGUGUGCAAAGCUGUCAUCAAGGCAAAGGGUGGCUAUUUGAAGAAUCUCAAAUAUAAAAUAUAUUUUUGAUUUGUUUAACACUUUUUUGGUUACUACAUGAUUCCAUACAUGUUAUUUCAUAGUUUUGAUGUCUUCACUAUUAUUCUACAAUGUAGAAAAUAGUACAAAUAAAGAAAAAUCCUUGAAUCAGUAGGUGUGUCCAAACUUUUGACUGGUACUGUAUAUCUCUCUAUUAUACUGUAUGUAGUAAUACGUUGGAACAGAUUUCCAAACUUAAAAUCACUUGGAGCUGAUUUGCUGGUGUUUUUACUGUAUAAAUUUUUUUGCUCAGAACUUGGGGGGCCAAAUAAAAUAAUCAGCGGGCUGCCAGUUGGGGAACCCUGGAGUAAGCUACACUAUAUAUAGGAAAGUAUGUGGACAUCCCUUACAAUUAGUGGAUUCGGCUAUUUCAGCCCCACCUGUUGCUUACAGGUGUAUAAAAUCGAGCACACCGCCAUGCAAUCUCCAUAGACAAACAUUGGCAGUAGUAUGGCCUUACUGAAGAGCUCAGUGACUUUCAACGUGGCACCAUCAUAGGAGGCCACCUUUCCAACAAGUCAGUUCGUCAAAUUUCUGCCCUGCUAGAGCUGCCCGGUCACCUGUAAGUGCUGUUAUUGUGAUGUGGAAAUGUCUAGGAGCAACAACGGCUCAGCCGCUAAGUGGUAGGCUACACAAGCUCACAGAACGGGACCGCUGAGUGCUGAAGCGUGUAAAAAAUCGUCUGUCCUCGGUUGCAACACUCACUACCGAGUUCCAAACUGCCUCUGGAAGCAACGUCAGCACAAGAACUGUUCGUCAGGAGCUUCAUGAAAUGGGUUUCCAUGGCCGAGCAGUUGCACAGAAGCCUAAGAUCACCAUCCGCAAUGCCAAGCACCGGCUGGAGUGGUGUAAAGCUCACCACCAUUGGAGCAGUGGAAACGCGCACACGCACACGCACACACACACACACACACACACACACACACACACACAGGCCAUUAGCCUCUUUUGAGUCAUUGAAUGUGUGAUUGAGCUGAAAGAACGGAAGAAGCAGCAUUGUAAGUGAUAUGUGAUUAUUUCAAAUUAUUUUUGCUAGAGUACCUAUCUGCUUUGGUUGACAGCUGAGACCUGCUUUUACCUCUCCUGCUCCCCAGUUGAGAAUUAUCAACUAUAUGUUUGUCACCUGCAUUAAGGCUGAAACACCAUACAUCCCUUGUUCUAAAGAGCCAAUGCAUAGUGUUCUUCAGCACCAUCGUAUUUCAGAAUCUGUCAUUCCCAUACUUAGAGCAUGGGAGAGUUUGUGUUCUUCUACCUUGAGGGCAUUUAUGUUCUUUGACGCAACUGUCACACCCAUUAAUGAGAACAGCACACAGGAUCUUGUCAUUAACUGUGGCGUCUUUAUUGACAUAGAUUUAUCUUAGCCAUGAGUCAGAUCUAGGGAUUAAUGUGUAGUGUAGCUAAACAUUCCAAUCAACUCUGUGUGUAUGUGUGCGUGCGUGUGUGUUAUCAGGAUUGGACUUAAUUCAAACUGAAGGCAGUCAAUUCAGGAAGUAAACUAAAAUUAGAAGCUAUUUAUUUGAAACGUUUUGUCUAUACAUGAUCUGUGUGUUUUCAGUCUUUGGGUUAUAUUGCUAUAAGUUAUGUAUGUGUGUAUUCUCCAGGGAGCAGGUCCAGGCUAACUGUGUGCGCUGGAGGAAGAGGUUCUCCUUCCUGUGUAAGAUGAGUGCCAACGCUCGGACAGGAGUACUGGACCCCUGUGUGUGCCGGGUGUCUGUGCGCAAGGUACAGGACUCACUACAGCAACGCUGUCAAAGCUAUGAAAGCUAUGUCAAGUUUAACUGCCUACAAGAAUAGGUAAACUACUACAUAUAGGUCUAUUACUACUACUGUAGAUUCCAGAACAGUCUACUAAUAGGUCUACCACUACUACUGUAGAUUCUAGAACAGUCUACUACUACUACUACUACUGUAGAUUCUAGAACAGUCUACUAAUAGGUCUACCACUACUACUGUAGAUACUAGAACAGUCUACUAAUAGGUCUACCACUACUACUGUAAAUUCUAGAACAGUCUACUAAUAGGUCUACCACUACUACUGUAGAUUCUAGAACAGUCUACUAAUAGGUCUACCACUACUACUGUAGAUUCUAGAACAGUCUACUAAUAGGUCUACCACUACUACUGUAGAUUAUAGAACUGUCUACUAAUAGGUCUACUAUUACUACUGUAGAUUCUAGAACAGUCUACUAAUAGGUCUACCACUACUACUGUAGAUCCCAGAACAGUCUACUAAUAGGUCUACCACUACUACUGUGGAUUCUAGAACAGUCUACUAAUAGGUCUACCACUACUACUGUAGAUUAUUGAACAGUCUACUAAUAGGUCUACUACUACUACUGUAGAUUCUAGAACAGUCUACUACUACUACUGUAGAUUCUAGAACAGUCUACUAAUAGGUCUACCACUACUACUGUAGAUUCUAGAACAGUCUACUAAUAGGUCUACUACUACUACUGUAGAUUCUAGAACAGUCUACUAAUAGGUCUACUACUACUACUGUAGAUUCUAGAACAGUCUACUAAUAGGUCUACUACUACUACUGUAGAUUCUAGAACAGUCUACUAAUAGGUCUACCACUACUACUGUAGAUUCUAGAACAGUCUACUAAUAGGUCUACCACUACUACUGUAGAUCCCAGAACAGUCUACUAAUAGGUCUACCACUACUACUGUGGAUUCUAGAACAGUCUACUAAUAGGUCUACCACUAUUACUGUAGAUUCUAGAACAGUCUACUAAUAGGUCUACUACUACUACUGUAGAUUCUAGAACAGUCUACUAAUAGGUCUACUACUACUACUACUGUAGAUUCUAGAACAGUCUACUAAUAGGUCUACUACAGGAUAUGUUAAUCACUGACACCUUUACCGCAAGUCGCAAGUGUGUUUUGACAAAAGUGUAGCUGUAGCUUAGUUGUUGUUACACACAAAGAUAGUCAUAUUGGAUUGAUAACUACUUUUCCCUUAUCUGUUAUUAGGAAAUGAAGGGUGGAAAGACCUUUGCAAAGGUAAUAUUUUGCUUUUGAAUUCAUAGUCACUAACCACGUUUCCAUCCACAGUUUUUAUGCAAGUAAAGUCAUACUGUAUAAAAAGAGCUGUGAUGAGAACAACAACUUUCACGCAGUCAGUUUGGUGGAAACACACCACUGGUGAGAAAAUGCACAUAUUUUCUUAAUGCAGAUUUUUGAAUGUUCGCAUGUAAAUCUGUCGCCAAUUGGAUGGAAACCUAGCUAGUGACAAAUCAAAUCAAAUGUUAUUUGUCACAUGGGCCAAAUAUAACAGGUGUAGACCUUACCGUAAAAUGCUUACUUACAAGCCCUUAACCAACAAUGCAGUUCAAGAAAUAGAGUUAAGAAAAUAUUUACUAAAUAAACUAAAGUAAAAAAUAAAAUAAAAAAUAACACUAUAAAAUUACAGAACAAUAACGAGGCUAUAUACAGGGGGUACCGAUACGGAGUCAAUGUGCGCGGGUACAGGUUAGUCGAGGUAAUUUGUACAUGUAGGUAGGGAUAAAGUGACUAUACAUAGAUAAUAAACAGGGUCAAUGUAAAUAGUCCGGUUGGCCAUUUGAUUAAUUGUUCAGCAGUCUUAUGGCUUGGGGAUAGAAGCUGUUAAGGAGCCUUUUGGACCUAGACUUGGCGUUCCGGUACUGCUUGCCGUGCGGUAGCAGAGAGAACAGUCUAUGACUUGGGUGACUGGAGUCUUUGACUAUUUUUUGGGCCUUCCUCUGACACCGCCUAGUAUAUAGGUCCUGGAUGGCAAGAAGCUUGGCCCCAGUGAUGUACUGGGCCGUACGCACUACCCUCUGUAGCACCUUACGGUCGAAUGCCGAGCAGUUGCCAUACCAGGCGGUGAUGCAACCGGUCAGGAUCUGAGGAUCUGGGGACCCAUGCCAAAUCUUUUAAUUCUCCUGAGGGAAGAGGUGUUGUCGUGCCCUCUUCACUACUGCCUUGGUGUGUUUGGCCCAUGAUAGUUUGUUGGUGAUGUGGACACCAUGGAACUUGAAACUCUCGACCCGCUCCACUACAGCCCCGUCGAUGUUAAUGGGGGCCUGUUCGGCCCUCCUUUUCCUGUAGUCCACGAUUAUCUCCUUUGUCUUGCUCACAUUGAGGGAGAGGUUGUUGUCCUGACGCCACACUGCCAGGUCUCUGACCUCCUCCCUAUAGGCUGUCUCAUCGUCGGCGGUGAUCAGGCCUACCACUGAUGUGUCGUCAGCAAACUUAAUGAUGGUGUUGGAGUCGUGCUUGGCCACGCAGUCAUGGGUGAACAGGGAGUACAGGAGGGGACUAAGUACACACCCCUGAGGGGCCAACGUGUUGAGGAUCAGCGUGGCAGAUGUGUUGUUGCCUACCCUUACAACCUGGGGGCGGCCCGUCAGGAAGUCCAGGAUCCAGUUGCAGAGGGAGGUGUUUAGACCCAGGGUCCUUAGCUUAGUGAUGAGCUUUGUGGGCACUAUGGUGUUGAGCACUGAGCUGUAGUCAAUGAACAGCAUUCUCACAUAGGUGUUCCUUUUGUCCAGGUGGGAAAGGGCAGUGAGGACUGCGAUUGAGAUUGCGUCAUCUGUGGAUCUGUUGGGGCGGUAUGCGAAUUGGAGUGGGUCUAGGGUUUCCGGGAUGAUGGUGUUGAUGUGAGCCAUGACCAGCCUUUCAAAGCACUUCAUGGCUACCGAUGUGAGUGCUAUCACUAAAGAAUGAAGUCACUAGUACCGCAUGACUCAUUCUUAAAAGGGAAAUACUUCCUCGUUUUUGCCCAUUACAAUAGCUUCUUAUGUUUGUGAUUGUUAUCAGCAGGCUCUGGGUCUACUGCUACAACAGAGUGCUCUGUAUUAGAACUCUAUGGAACUGAAGCUCUGUUGCCAAGCUGUUUCCAUAAACCUGAACAUAUCUGUUCUCUCCUCUGUAGCUGGGUUUUGCAGACCUGAACCUGUCAGAGUUUGCUGGCUCUGGCAGCACCACGCGGCGAUGUCUACUAGAGGGUUACGACACCAAGAACACCAGACAGGACAACUCCAUACUCAAGGUACAGUUCACGGUUAGACAGGCCUCCAGAACAUUCACGCCAUUCCACAACUCCCUUCAGGAAGCUACAGUAUGGGACAGUCUGUCCUACUACUCUAGAAUGGGUUGCCCUGCCUGUCUACACCGGGACCACUGAUCUGAAAGGACUGGAUAGGUGAACAUCCAAAGAAAUACACUGACUAGCCUAUACACCUUCAGCUAUCCAGCCUGUUACUAAUGAGUGGUCAUGAGGAAAAGGACAGAAAGGGAACCGCGUGAGUGAUAGCCAAGUAUUGGCACACAUUGGGAGAAAGCGAAUGCUCGGUUGUCACCAUAUGUUUACUAGUGUGUAUGUCUAAUCAGUCAGUAACUAGGGAUGUAAUAUCACUCAGGACAGUUCAGGAUGAGGUAUCCUAAUGAUGCAACUGCUCUGACAUGUACAUGAAGACAGGCAGGUCUGAGCCUGUAAUAUAGGAGAAGCACCUGUGACACUGGGAAUGGGUGUUGUACAUUCUUCGGGUAGAAGUUGCACUUAGACACAGGUCUAGGAUCAGCUUACCUACCCUAAAUACUAACCUGAAACGGUAAAGGGGAAAAGGCGAAACUGACCUUAGAUCAGUGUCAAGGGGCGACUUCAUCCUAUCUCAUAGGGCCUGUGGAUGUGUAUGAUCCCUGCUGACAUGGGUUUUUUGUCACCUCUGUCACAGGUUGUCAUCAGCACACAGCUCAUGUCUGGGGACCCCUGCUUUAAAACGUAAGUGCACCUUCUUUCAUGGCCCUUUUCAUUCAAUCCUUUCGGUGGGUUACAUCACAAAAAACUUUUGGAACUCCACUGAUUUUGGAUCAAUGCUACAAAUGCAGGAUUAGCAUUGUAGAAAUGAAUGCAGGUUUGGCUAAUUAAUCAGUAUAGGUAGGUAGGAAACAUUGACGUGAUAGAAAGACAGACUGACAGACAGACAGAAGUCUGCAGCACAGACACAUAGAGGAAACCCCCUACGCAUUAAGCUUCCUGUCUCUGAGUACAUGAAAGAAACUAUUGAGUCACAGAAACACGGGGCUAACUGCCGUCCCGUAAAUCGCUUUGGAUUAAAGCGUCUGCUAAAUGGCAUAGGUCACUCUCUAUUUGGAAAGUCCCAUGUAGAUCUACAAAUGGUCAUACUAUCAUGAUAUAUAUAUUAUUAUUAUAUUAUUAUUUAAAAUGUUAUGGUUAUUUUGUGAAACUUGUGUGCCACAUCAAUUAUUUGAAGUCAAAUAUAGUGGACUCAAUCUAACCAACUUCUGCCAUUGAACAUGAAUAGCGACAGUUCUAUUGUUUAGAUAUGCAGCGGUGGUUAUACGAUAACUUCCCCACAGAUUCUGUCUGGUCUCUGUUGAUAGAAACAACUGAUUUGAGAUCAGCUCAGCCCUGAAUGAAAACAUUCUGAGCUAAACGCCACAGUGGGCCCAGGACCAGUAGUCAAAAAGAGCAUGACGUUCCCACACACUCCUGCCAGUGUUGAGAACAUGUGUGUUUGGAUGGCCACACCUUUACUGUGAACACACACACACACACACACACACACACACACACACAUACACAAAGACUCUGUCUGAAUCACACACUUGCUAUUACACCACACCUUUACUGAACUCACUCCGUUCCUCGAACACGGACAGUCUAUCUAAUGUCUGAAUUACACAGUGGAUGCAAUAUGCUGUAGCCGUUAUAGAAAAUGUAUAGAGCCUUUAUAGAGCUGUUAUAGAGCUGUUAUAAAGCCUUAUAGAGCUGUUAUAGAGCCUUUAUAGAGCUGUUAUAGAGCCUUAUAGAGCCUUUAUAGAGCUGUUAUAGAGCAUUUAUAGAGCCUUUAUAGAGCAUUUAUAGAGCCUUUAUAGAGCCGUUAUAGAGCAUUUAUAGAGCCUUUAUAGAACCUCUAUAGAGCCUUUAUAGAGCCUCUAUAGAGCCUUUAUAGAGCAUUUAUAGAGCCGUUAUAGAGCCUUAUAGAGCUGUUAUAGAGCCUUUAUAUAGCCGUUAUAGAGCAUUUAUAGCUGUUAUAGAGCCUUUAUAGAGCCUUAUAGAGCCUUUAUAGAGCCUUAUAGAGCUGUUAUAGAGCCGUUAUAGAGCAUUUAUAGAGCCUUUAUAGAGCCUUUAUAGAGCUGUUAUAGAGCAUUUAUAGAGCCGUUAUAGAGAUGUUAUAGAGCUGUUAUAGAGCAUUUAUAGAGCAUUUAUAGAGCUUAUAGAACUGUUAUAGAGCAUUUAUAGAGCCGUUAUAGAGCUGUUAUAGAGCAUUUAUAGAGCUGUUAUAGAGCUGUUAUAUAGCCUUAUAGAGCCUUUAUAGAGCUGUUAUAGGGCCUUGUAGAGCAUUUAUAGUCUGUUUGUGGUGGACAAUAAAAACCCUAUGUGUCUGAGAGUGGGGUAACUGAGUGCGCUGAGUCACUGAGGAAGACAAGCCAGAGAAGCAAACAGACAGACUCAGGACAUUGUACUCAGUAGAAUUGAGCCUGGUAUCAUUUUACUAUAGAGGAGGAAGGGGGUGGAAAUGGAUCCUAAUAUACUGCUGGGAUCUAGAUGCCAGUAAAAAGGAUUCAGAAUCAGUCCCCACCUACACAGUGAAUGUUGAGUUGGUUAGUGUGGGAGGGUUGCCUUGGCUGAGACCUCUGAUAACACAGUGGACUGGAGAGAUUCCAGGAGAACACUUUCAUGCAAUCAUAAAGUGCCAGAGUGUCUCUGAGUACUCCUGUGUGUGUGUGUGUGUGUGUGUGUGUGUGUGUGUGUGUGUGUGUGUGUGUGUGUGUGUGUGUGUGUGUGUGUGUGUGUGUGUGUGUGUGUGUGUGUGUGUGUGUAUUGUCUGAUGUGUGUGUCUUUUACUGAGCUGUCCUACAGAAUGUGACUCACACACAGCGUGUGCGUUGGACGUAUUGUCAGAGCUCUGUGGAAAGAAAGCCCAGGCUUUAUCGUGAGACCAGAAGCCACUCCAAAACUACUGAUGUCACACCCAGAGCUCCUCACAUUCAACACAUAAUGUCACUCUCGCUUUCUCUCCUACUGUAGCUCUCUUUAACUUUCUCUCUCCCCCCUCUCUGUAUCUCUCUCUUUAACUUUCUCUCUCCCCCUCUCUGUAUCUCUCUCUUUAACUUUCUCUCUCCCCCUCUCUGUAUCUCUCUCUUUAACUUUCUCUCUCCCCCCUCUCUGUAUCUCCUCUCUUUAACUUCUCCUCUCUCUCUCUCUCUCCCCCCUCUCUUUUCUCUUUAACUUUCUCUCUCCCCCCUCUCUUCCUUCUUUAACUUUCUCCCCCCUCUCUGUAUCUCUCUCUUAACUUUCUCUCUCCCCCCUCUCUGUAUCUCUGUCGUUAACUUUCUCUCUCCCCCCUCUCUGUAUCUCUCUCUUUAACUUUCUCUCUCCCCCCUCUCUGUAUCUCUCUCUUUAACUUUCUCUCUCCCCCCUCUCUGUAUCUCUCUCUUUAACUUUCUCUCUCCCCCCUUGCCCUAACUCUCCCCCCUCUCUGUAUCUAUCUCUUUACUUUCUCUCUCCCCCCUCUCUGUAUCUCUCUCUUUAACUUUCUCUCCCCCCCUUAUCUCUCUCUGUAACUUUCUCUCUCCCUCUCUGUCGUUAACUUUCUCUCUCCCCCUCUCAUCUCUCUCUUUAACUCUCCUCUCCCCCCUCUCUGUAUCUCUGUCGUUAACUUUCUCUCUCCCCCCUCUUGUAUCUCUCUCUUUAACUUUCUCUCUCCCCCUCUCUGUAUCUCUCUCUUAACUUUCUCUCUCUCCUCCUUAUCUCUCUCUACUUCUCUCUCUCUCUGUAUCUCUCGUUAACUUCUCUCUCCCCCCUCUCUGUAUAUCUCUCUUUAAUUUCUCUCUCCUCUCCUCCCUUUCCUCUCCCCCUCUCUGUAUCUCUCUCUUUAACUUUCUCUCUCCCCCCCUCUCUGUAUCUCUCUCUUUAACUUUCUCUCUCCCCCUCUCUGUAUCUCUCUCUUUAACUUUCUCUCUCCCCCCUCUCUGUAUCUCUCUCUUUAACUUUCUCUCUCUCCCCCCUCUCUGUAUCUCUGUCGUUAACUUUCUCUCUCCCCCCCUCUGUAUCUCUCUUAACUUUCUAUUCCCACCUCGCUAUAUCUCUCUCAACUUCUUCUCUGUCCCCCUCUCGUAUCUCUCUCUUUAACUUUCUCUGUCUCUGUAUCUCUCCUCUUACCCCUCUCUUCGUAUCUUCUCUUUAAACUUUUCUUCUCCUCCCCUCUCAUCUUAUUCUCUUCUUAACUUUCUCUCUCCUCUUAGUAUCUCCCUCUCUUUACUUCUCUCCUCCUCUCUGUAUUCUCCUUUAACUUUCUCUCCCCCCUCUCUGUAUCUCUGUCUUAACUUUCUCCUCCCCCCCUCCUUCUGUAUACUUCCUCUUUAACUUAUCUCUCCCCCCGCUCUGUAUCUGUCUUAACUUUCUCUCUCACCCCUCUCUGAUAUCUCUCUCUUUAAACUUUCUCUCUCCCCCACUCUCUGUAUCUCUCUCUUAACUUUCCUCUCCCCCCUCUCUGUAUCUCUGCUAACUUACUCUAACUUUUCCCCUCUUCUCUCCCCCCUCUCUGUUUUAUCUCGUUCUUCUUAACUUCUCUCUCCCCCCCUCUCCUGUGUAUCUCUCUCUUAACUUUUCUAACCGGGGUUUGGGGGGGGUUUUUUUUUUUUUGGGGGGGGGGGGGGGGGGGGCCCAAACGGGUUUUCCCCGAGGGGGGAGGGGGUGGAAAAGGGGGGGAGGGGGAAAAAAAAAGGGGCGGAAAAAAAAGGGGGGGGGGGGAAAAGGCCCCCCAGAGCCCCGGGGGGGGAAAAAAAAAAAAAAACGAAAAAAAACGGGGGGGGGAAAAAACCCCCCCCCCCCCAAAAAAAAAGAAACCAAAAGGGGGGGGGGCCAAAAAAAAAAAGGGGGGGGAAAAAAAAAAAGGGGGCCCAAAAAAACCCCCCGGGGGGGGGGGGGAAAAAACCCCCGGGGGGGCCCCCCCCCCCCCCGGGGGGCCAAAAACCCCCAAAGGGGGGGGGGGGGGUUCCCCCUUUUGGGGGGUUUUUUUUCCCCCCCGGGCGCUUAAAGGCCUUUCCCGGGUUCUUUUCCCCCCGGACUUUUACUUUUUUUUCCCCCCCGGGUUUUUUUUUUCGAUUUUCCCUUGGGGGGGGAGGGGUUGGGUUUCAAAAAUUUAACCCAGAAUUUUUUUUCCCAGAAAGGGGGUUUGUUUUUUUAGGGUUCUUUUUUUCCCCCCCCCUUAGAAGUUUUAGGGGCAAAGAAACCCCCGACUUGGCCUUAACUUAACCCUUUUUUUUGGUUUUUUUAACCCCGACGAAAGGUCUUUUAAAAUUUUUUAACGGUUUAAGCUUUAAAAUUUUGGCUUUUCUAUGUUAUGGGGAUUCAAACUACCCCUAACGGGUUUUUCCCAAACUUUCUCUAUCCCCCCCUUUAAAAGGGGUUUUUUAACCCCUUUUCCCCUUUUUUUAUCGGCUUUUGGGGUUUUUUCUCCCCAUCGUUUCUUUUUUGCCUUCCCCCCCAUCAUAUCUCUCUUUAUAAACUCCUUUUCCCCCUUUUCUCUUUUAAAUUUUCCCCUCUUCUUGUAUUUUAACUUUCCCCCUUCUGUAUCUUUAAAUUUUCCCUAAUUUUACUCCCCUUUUAUUUUAUUUUUUCUUCCCCCCCUCUUUACCUUUUUUAAAUUUUUUCCCCCCUCUAUUUGGGGAAAUUUCUGGACCCUUUGGGGCCGGGGGGGGGGGGAGGGGCCCUUUUUUUUCCCCCCCGGAUCUUCUUUAAUUUCUUAAACCCCCCCCUGUUUUUUAAAAAUUCCCCCUCGUUUUUAAAAAUUUGUUCCGACCCCCCGAUAUGGUUUUAACCCCUUUCUUCCCCCUUUUUCUCUCUCCUUACUCUCCUCUAACUUCCGUUUUUUAAAUUCUUCCCCCCCCCUUUAUUCUCUUUUAAAUUUCCUCCCCCCAAUUUUUCUUUGUAACUUUCUCCCCCCUCUGUAUUCUUUGGGCUUUUCCCCCCCCUCGGGAUUCUUUUAAUUUUCCCCCCCUCCCUUUUCUCUUUAAAUUAUCUUCCCCCAUUCUCUUCCCCUUUUUGCCCCCUUACUUUUUAUUUUCUUUUCUAAUCCCCUUCUUUCCCCCCCCUCUUUAAAUUUUCCUUAAUUUUCUCUCUCCCCUUUAUUUUAUCUUUUAAAAUUUUUCACCCUCUUAUUUUCCCCUUUUAACAUUUUAAACCCUUUGUUUCUCUCUGAAUUUUAAUCUCUUAUUUUCCCCCUUUUACCUCUUAAGGGGGCCCCCCCCCCCCCCCUUUUUAAAAACCCCCCGGGGGGCGGGGGGGGGGGGGGGGGGGGGGGGGGGGGGGGGGGGGGGGGGGGGGGGGAAAAAGGGGGAAAAAGGGGGGCCCCCGGGGGAAAAAAAAAAAGGGGGGGGGCGGGGGAAAGGGGGGAAAGAGGGGGGUCAAAGAUAAGGGUCUAUUUAACAUCGUCCUUGUUUUUUACUUUUUCUUGUUCCUUUUAAAAUCUCGGUUUCCUUUUAAGAAAUUUCUUUGUUCCCCUGUAAAAUGGGCCCUUUUCCGUUUUUCCCCCUUUUUCCUUUUUAAUUUUUCUUUUUUCGUCUUCGUUCAAUUCCCCUUUCGUUUUUUUAAAAUUUCUUUUUGGGGCUUGUUAUCCUUUUUCUUUCUUGUUCCCCUCUCUUUAACUUUCUCUCCCCCUCCCCUCCUGUUCUCUCUUUUUUAAAAAUCUCUCUUUCUUUCCCCCCUCUGUUCUUCUCUUCUUUUCCCUUUUCCCCUUAUUUUCUCCCCCUGUUUUUUACUUUCCUCUCCCCCUUUUCUUUCCCCUUUUCGUAACCCCCCCUUCUCCUCCAUUCCUUCCCUUCCUUCUCCCCCCUCUUUUUACUUCUAAUUUUUGUCCACCCCUCCCCUCUUUCCCCCCUUCCCCGAAAAUGAGACUUUUUCCCUUUUAAAUAACUUUUUGUUGUAAAGUGGCUGGGUUUCUUUUGGGGAACUGUUUUCUGUUUUCUGUGUUCCUUUUAAAAUUCGUUUCUUUUUAAAAGUUUUCCCCCGGAAUUUUUUUCCUUUGUAAAAGUGAACUUUUCCGUUGUAAAAUAAACUUUUCCUGUUUUUUAAACUUUUCCUUUUUUUUCUGGGUUUUUCCUUUUAAAAUGGGCAUUUUUCCUUUAAAAUGGCCCGUUCUUUGGGAAAGAUGAGAGACAGGUGGUUUCCUGUGUUUAAAGAGUGAGAGACAUGUGGUCCUGUGUUGUAAAAAGGGGAAUGGUUUUGUGUUGAAAAUAAAGUGAAUAGGAGUGCUGUGUUUAACCUUUACUCUUCGUUAUUAUUAACUUUCUUCUCCCCCCUUCUGUAUCUUUCUUUAACUUUCUCUCUCCUCCCUCUCUGUAUCCUGUCUUUUAACUUUCUCUCUCCCCCCUCUUGUAUCUAUUCUGUAACUUUCUCUCUCCCCCCUCUCGUAUCUUCUCUUUAACUUUCUCUCUCCCCCUCUCUGUAUCUUCUCUCUUUAACUUUCUCUCUCCCCCUCUCUGACCUCCUUUACUUCUUCUCCCCUUCGUAUCUCUCUUUAACUUUCUCUCUCCCCCUCUUGUAUCUCUCCUUUAACUUUCUCUCUCCCCCUCUCUGUAUCUCUGUCGUUAACUUUCUCUCUCCCCCCUCUCUGUAUCUCUCUCUUAACUUUCUCUCUCCCCCCUCUCUGUAUCUCUCUCUUUAAACUUCUCUCUCUCCCUCUCUGUAUCUCUCUGUUUUAACUUUCUCUCCCCCCUCUCUGUAUAUCUCUCUUAACUUCUUCUCUCCCCCCUCUCUGUAUCUCUCUCUUUAACUUCUCUCUCCCCCCAUCUCUGUAUCUCUCUAUUUAAACUUCUCUCUCCCCCCUUCUCGGUAUCGCUCUCUUAACUUGCUCUCUCCCCCCUCUCUGUAUCUCUGUCGUUAACUUUCUCUCUCCCCCUCUCUGUAUCUCUCUCUUUAAUUUUCUCUCUCCCCCCUCUCUGUAUCUCUCUCUUUAACUUUCUCUCUCCCAUUGUCUCUCUCUCUCCUUCUCCCUGUAUCUCAUUUUGCCUCAUCUACAUCAUUUUAGUCCACCCCCUCUCCCCUCAUGAGUUAGCCCCGUUCAUCAGAAAAAGAAAAGAACUGAGAGACAUGGUGGUUUCCUGUGUUGUAGAAGAAGUGAGAGACGUGGUGGUUUCCUGUGUUGUAAAAGAAGUGUGAGACAUGGUGGUUUCCUGUGUUGUAAAAGAAGUGAGAGACGUGGUGGUUUCCUGUGUUGUAAAAGAAGUGUGAGACAUGGUGGUUUCCUGUGUUGUAAAAUAAGUGAGAGACGUGGUGGUUUCCUGUGUUGUAAAAGAAGUGAGAGACAUGGUGGUUUCCUGUGUUGUAAAAUAAGUGAGAGACGUGGUGGUUUCCUGUGUUGUAAAAGAAGUGAGAGACAUGGUGGUUUCCUGUGUUGUAAAAUAAGUGAGAAACAUGGUGGUUUCCUGUGUUGUAAAAGAAGUGAGAGACGUGGUGGUUUCCUGUGUUGUAAAAUAAGUGAGAGACAUGGUGGUUUCCUGUGUUGUAAAAGAAGUGAGAGACGUGGUGGUUUCCUGUGUUGUAAAAGAAGUGAGAGACGUGGUGGUUUCCUGUGUUGUAAAAGAAGUGAGAGACGUGGUGGUUUCCUGUGUUGUAAAAUAAGUGAGAUACGUGGUGGUUUCCUGUGUUGUAGAAUAAGUGAGACAUCCUAGGAUCCUGUGUUGUAAAAGAAGUGAGAGACAUGGUGGUUUCCUGUGUUGUAAAAGAAGUGAGAUACAUGGUGGUUUCCUGUGUUGUAGAAGAAGUGAGAGACAUGGUGGUUUCCUGUGUUGUAAAAGUGGGGUUAUUAAAGAUGAAAGCAGAAGCUCAGCUAACCAGAAGUACAGCUCAUGAAAACCUUUUAGGAUUUUAUUACAGAUCAGUACUUCUCAUAGGGUAUGAUUAAUGUCCACUAGUGUAGAACUUUGCAGUCAUUGAUAAGGUUGUUAAUAGGAAGGGAUGGGCCAUGUUAUGCCAUAAAGGUUGUAUGUAUGAUGGUUGUAUAAGAUAUAUUGAUGCAAUUUAGCCACUGACUUUAAAAUGACCGUAUGAACAAACGAAUGGAAAGACUAAAACCAACGAACAACCGUACAUGGUAGGGAAUUGGUUUGGAACUGGUGUGGUGGGGUGUUGGGUUUGGGUUGUAAAGUGGGCCAGGGUCACUGAAAGCAGGUGAUGUGACUGUCAAUGUCCCUGUGUCCCAUUUAGGCCACCGUCCACAGCCAUGAAACUGGGCAUCCAGCAGGCAGAGGCAGAGUGUCUCUACGAAGACAGAAAGGGAGGGGACACACCCACACCCUGCCUCCCCGUACCAGGUACACACACACACACCCUGCCUCCCCGUACCAGGUACACACACACACACACACACACACACCCACACCCUGCCUCCCCGUACCAGGUACACACACACACACACACACACACCCUGCCUCCCCGUACCAGGUACACACACACACCCUGCCUCUCCGUACCAGGUACACACACACACACACACACACACACACAAACACACCCUGCCUCCCCAUACCAGGUACACACACACACACACACACACACACACACCCUGUCUCCCCGUACCAGGUACACACACACACACACACCCUGCCUCCCCGUACCAGGUACACACAAACACACACACACACACCCUGCCUCCCCGUACCAGGUACACACACACACACACCCUGUCUCCCCGUACCAGGUACACACACACACACACACACACACACACACACACACCCUGCCUCCCGUACCAGGUACACACACACACACACACACCCUGCCUCCCCGUACCAGGUACACACACACACACACACACACACACACCCUGCCUCCCCGUACCAGGUACACACACACACACACACACCCUGCCUCCCCGUACCAGGUACACACACACACACCCUGUCUCCCCAUACCAGGUACACACACACACACACACACACACACACACACACACCCUGCCACCCCAUACCAGGUACACACACACACACACACAUACCCUGCCUCCCCGUACCAGGUACACACACACACACAUCCCGCCAGCUCUGGACACUUUUGAUUUGAUUUACGGCAGUAUGGCAGGAUUGAACCCGGUUAAUCAGUAAUCAUUAGUGCUAAUGUUGUGCUGAUGUUGUGUUGAUGUUGUCCUAACGUUGUGCUGCUCAGAGCCCCCAGGGAAGUGUGCGUCUGUUCCUGAUGAGCCGAGAGCCUGUGGCCACUCUAGAACAUCCAGCUACGCCAGCCAACAGUCCAAAGUCUCAGGUAUCUACACACACCUCGUCUGAACCAGAUGUUCAUUAGAAAAGGCUAUGACCUAUUAUUAAUUAAAUAAGAUAUGAAUAGUAUGUAUGAAUGUCUGAAAAGCCAUACCUUGCCCUCAGAGUUAUCUUUGUGGUUGUGAAAUCUGUUCCCAUUAAGUGUCUGUCUCUGUUGUGUGGAGCGUAAUAUUGCCUACUCAUUCCCCAUAGGCUAUAGCUCAGGUCACUCACGCUCCUCCAGCCUGUCAGAGCUCACACACAAGAGGAACCCCUCACCGGGCUCCGCCUCCACGGGCAUCAGCAGCAUUCCUGAACCCAGCGUGGACCGAGGGGCUGAGAGGGGUGAGAGGGAGGCCCACUCCACACCUCCUGUCUCUGUCACCUGUCCCUGCUCACCCGUGCCUGAACACCUCCCCACCUCCUCGGAGAGACUCAGCAGGUAAUAUCUUUACACUCACUGAUAUCUGACCUUUCAACGGAGGAUCAUGAUGUAAUCAUCAGAAGAGGAUAAUAGUCUGUUAUGGUGCUGCUGGCAAUGCUCCAGCUCAUCCACACCUGCUUUCUUUCUCACGUGCGUGCGUGCGUGCGUGCAUGUGUGUAUGCGUGCGUGCGUGUAUGUUGUGUGUGCAUACGUGGUGUGUGUGUGUGUGUGUGUGUGUGUGUGUGUGUGUGUUUGUGUGUGUGUCUCUCAGGCAUCCAGUGAAGCAGAGCUCGGUGGAGUGUCAACUGAAGAGAGUAGACGCCACGCGUGUAGACGCUGACGACAUCGUGGAGAAGAUCCUCCAGAGCCAAGACUUCAGCCACGGCCUGCUGGACUCCAGCGCUGAGGGUAUGCUCACCAUGCUAUGGUCACUUGCUUCCCCUUUACCUUGUUUUGGUUUUAGCUAGUGAAAUAUAAACAGAAUAUGGACUUUUUUAUUAGCUAUUUCAGUUGACACAUUUCUAGUUCUUUAAAAGCCCCUCAACUCCCUGUCUCUCUCACAGUAAAGCCCCUCCACUCCCUGUCUCUCUCACAGUAAAGCCCCUCCACUCCCUGUCUCUCUCACAGUAAAGCCCCUCCACUCCCUGUCUCUCUCACAGUAAAGCCCCUCCACUCCUUUUCCCUCUCACAGUAAAGCCCCUCUAGUCCCUGUCUCUCUCACAGUAAAGCCCCUCCACUCCCUGUCUCUCUCACAGUAAAGCCCCUCCACUCCCUGUCUCUCUCACAGUAAAGCCCCUCCACUCCCUGUCUCUCUCACAGUAAAGCCCCUCCACUCCUUUUCCCUCUCACAGUAAAGCCCCUCUACUCCCUGUAUCUCUCACAGUAAAGAAUGCUCGUCAAUAGCCACUUAUUUUUAGAUCGCUUAGCAAACAACCAUGAGCCAUUUUAGCAGCGCGGCAACCUUGCGUUGAUUGACAGUAUCUUGUUUGUGUGUGUUACAGAGGAGGGGCUCAGGCUGUUUGUUGGUCCUGGUGGAAGCACGGCGCUGGGAAGCCAACACACCAGGUGGGUGACAUUAUUACCUAAUGCAUCAGAAAGUGCGUGACACCAUAGAGAUCGAAUGACUAUAAGGGACACACAACAGCAGGCACUCCUAGCAACAAUCACUGUCACUGAAUCACUGAUAACAGAUAACCUACGAGAUUUUCAUUUAAAGGGAUAGUGCAUAAAACAUGUAUCCAUUAAGUAGAUAAAGGGCUUAAUUGUCAAAAUCUUGCACUAUCCCUUUAAUGCACAAGGGCCAAUCGUUACAAUAGGUGAUUCAUAGAAUGUGAUUGUUUGUUGUGAAGAGUUUUUCGGUAACACCCUUUCACUUGUUUGGUGUGAUUUUUGGCUGGUUAGAUAAUAACACGUGUGUGGCGUUCUCUUUCAGGGUUGGGGCUGGGCCCUACGAGCAGGUGGUGAUCAAACGCUAGCCCCCGGGGAGCGGAUGUGUGUCUGAGAAGGUGCCACAACACCACAGGGUCUGACAGAGGGGGACAGAGAGGGGGACAGAGGGCAAUAGCGGUCUCACCUCUAUGCAGGACAAACAUUCGUUCCAAUGGGAGUCCAGGUCAGAUGUGCGGAACCUGUGUAAGCCUGCUGCCCCCCUAGGAUUGAAGCCAGGAGGUGACCUGAAGUUCAUGAUGACAACUUGUUCAAUAACUAUGAGAUGAAAGAGGAGGAUAUAUUGAGACAUAUAUACAGUGCAUUGGAAAAGUAUUCAG